AGGGAACUGCCAAUGCUAGUACUACUUAAGCCGCCUGUGACCCCGGCAGCAUCAAUCGAUUCACGAUGUGCGGGUCGCUGCUGCGUACACCAAUCGCGCAAGCCCCUUUCCCAUCAUUCCACGGCCAACCUCGAUCCGCGAACACGAAAAAAAUGCCCGCUGUGCUUGUGUGAUAAUGUGAUCUAGUGACCAGUGGUGCGAUCAGGCUAGAGGAGAUAUGCCGUGUUUCAGCGGUCCGAAACACGACCGCAAUUUGUGACCGGCAUGGGAAACCUACAGACGGGAGAAGCCAAAGUCGGGAAGAGCAAGGGGAAAACAAAAGGAAAGCGCGGAAAAAAAGGCGGAAAGUACGAUGACGACUUCACGGGCGUGGUGCCGGAGGAGAUGGAGGCGGGAAUCGGAACGACAACCACCUUGAAACGACCUGCUCCUCAACCUCUAAAGCCGUCUCAACAGAUCAUCGUGACCGAUUCUUGGUGCGAGGUCAAUCAAGCAUCUGCCGGCGUUCAAAAGGGCGAUAUUAAGAAAGAAGCCACCCCUCCAUCCAGUUCCGACUCGAACUUCACCGACCCCCAAACGCCAAUGGGUUUCGAUCAGAGUGAAGAAUCCAUCCAUUUGGACGUCGAAGUGCCAAGUACCAUCACUGAAAGUUUCCUUCACGAUUUAACACUUAACAGUUUCAAACUGAACGAGUACCGCAACCGACUGGAAGAAGAAAAGACCAAAAAGCUCAGCAAACUGGGAGUGUCCAAGACGAGCCAAAUCAGCUUGGACAGCACUUGUCCUUCCGACAGUUUCGUCACGGACAACGUAGAGGUGGUGAACGAAACGCUGCUCAGGGAGAUCGGUCUAGAGUAUUCAGCUCUAGAAAGGGAGGACACGCUCAAACGGAUAGGAUACAGCCAGGAGUUAGAUCAGGAUGAAGAUGCAAGGAGUGUCAAAGAUACUGUUAAGAGGAUGUCUAAUGUUGGUCCAAGCAAUGGUAAGCAGCUAGUACGAGUUUUCUUCUAAACAAAACUCAAAUGUUGAUCUUUACUAUACGUACAAAGUUUGAC